UGGGUUGCCUGGAUGUUUAGUACGCCUUGUUGGUCCAGCCAUAUAAACAUGACAGGAAAAUUACUAAAUGAGUAGUUUGGGUAACACAGUCAUUUGUAAUAAACGGACGAAGAAAUUAAUGUUGGUGACGUCAGCGCUGUGAUUUCCUCUCUUUCGCAGGAAGCGGGGGAAACUUUUUUUAUUUAGCCUUAAACUUUGGCAUGUUGCAGGAAAGUAACAGGGAGGCAUACUUAGUCCGCGUUUAUGCUUUGCCGUUACUCGGUUGAACUGAAGAACUUUCUCAUCUUCCAUUAUAGUUUAAAUCCUAACUUUUUGCUUUUUUACUGGUUAUUUAUCUGGUUCUGUGAGGUGUCGCCACGCUUAACUUUUGCCAAGGACCGACAUGAACGAAAAAAGGAACUGUAUCUCCAUGACAGCAGUUGUGCUUCUUUUAACUUUAAUAUUUCCAUCAUUUUGUACGGCCGAGGAGGCGGCUUGUCACGGGGCGUUUGACCUUUAUUUCGUAUUAGACAGAUCAGGAAGUGUGGCAAACAACUGGGGUGAGAUCUAUGGGUUCGUUGAACAGCUCACUAAUCGGUUUGUGAGCCCGAGCAUGCGGGUGUCCUUCAUAGUGUUCUCCACCAGGGCUGAGCUUAUGUUGCCUCUCACUGGAGACAGCUAUAAAAUUAAAGAGGGCUUACGGCAUCUGAGUGAGGUAAAGCCGGCUGGUGAGACGUACAUGCAUGAAGGAUUCAAAAAGGCAUCUGAGCAAAUGAAGGAGCAGCCCACCAAGUCCUCCAGCAUCAUUAUCGCCCUGACUGAUGGAAAGCUGCAACCGUACCUGUUCAAACUCACGGUAGAUGAGGCCAACAUUGCGAGGAAGUAUGGAGCCAGGGUGUAUGGGGUCGGAGUGAAGGAUUUCGACGAGGCUCAGCUUGCUGAUAUUGCUGACACAAAAGAACACGUAUUCCCUGUGAAAGGUGGCUUUCAAGCCCUCAAAGGAAUCGUCAAUUCGAUUUUGAAGCGGUCCUGUACUGAGAUUCUAAGUGUGGAGCCCUCCACUAUAUGUGUAAAUGAGACCUUCGACAUCGUGCUGAGAGGAAACGGGUUCACCAUGGGCCGGAGUGCUCAGGGGAUCAUCUGCAGCUUCAUCGUGGACCAGCGCACCUACAGUCAGAAGCCGACCGUGGUGCAGGACAACUACCUGCUCUGCCCAGCGCCGGUCCUGCAGGAAGUUGGACAGUCGAUUGAUGUGCUGAUCAGCUUGAACAAUGGCACGUCCUUCAUCUCCAGCGCCCUUACCAUCAACGCCACCUCAUGCUCGAACGGCUGGGCUCUGACCAUCGUGUUCCUGGUGCUGCUCCUGCUGCUGCUCCUGGCCCUCAUGUGGUGGUUCUUUCCCCUCUGCUGCACUGUGGUCAUCAAAGACCCGCCUCCUCCUCCUCCCCCUUCUGCUCCAGAGCCCGAACCAGAGGACGACCUGCCGAAGAAAAAAUGGCCCACGGUGGACGCUUCCUACUACGGGGGCCGGGGGGCUGGAGGGAUCAGACGCAUGGAGGUUCGUUGGGGCGAAAAGGGAUCCACAGAGGAAGGGGCGAGAUUAGAGAAAGCCAAAAACGCUGUGGUCUCCAUCGUAGAGGAAGCGGAUGAACCCGUUACGAGUAAACCCUCUAAACCCAGGCCCACCUACCAGCACCAAGAGUCUAAAUGGUACACUCCAAUUAAGGGCCGUCUCGACGCUCUUUGGGCCCUGCUGCGGCGGCAGUAUGACCGAGUUUCCCUCAUGCGACCGACGACUGCGGACAAGGGUCGAUGCAUGAACUUCAACCGGGUACAGAACUAAAAGAUCAGAGUCCUUCAACCUUUGACGUGCAAGGGUUACUAUCUACUGUGGACAGGAAGAGGAAGAGGAAUUUGAAGUUUUUCAAAAUCUAUGGUAACAGCUUUGCCCAAAACCACUAUUGUUUUCCAUAUUGUGCACUUAGGGGACCUCUAUGCCUCACCUCGAUGCAGGGUCGGUCAAAGUGGAAUUAUCAUAAGCAUAUUGUCACGUCCUCUGAUAUUAGUUGCAGUGGCACAUUUCCUUUUUUCUUGUUAAUUUUACUUGGGGAAAAGCAAACGCGGCGAGCAUGCUCCGUUUUGUGCCGUUCGGAUUGGGUUAGCUUCUCGUGCGCACCAAAGGCUUAACAUAUUCUGACCAUAUUGUGCCUUCUGUGGAAAACCUCAUUUCAUGGACACAGACGGAAGCUAUUUAAAAAAUAGGGGGGAAAAACAGAGUGAAUGAGGCUGUUUGCCGUUGGCGUGGAAGUAGACAUAGUCCCAGCGGGCCUAGCAAGUGCACAAGUCCGUUGCCUUUUGGCAAUGUCUCAUCACAAAAAUCUCUCCCAACUCCACUAUCACUGCAUGCCUGGCGGGAGGUCUCUGACUGCAGAUCCUGUCAUUUUAACACUGAGAAGUGCACACGCAUGACAAACUGGAGACAGGCCGCCCCAAGGUAUCGGCAAGCAGCGAGACUUUGCCCUUUAGUUUGUGGAGACACCUUUCUUCAAUUGUGCACCAUGGACAGAAGAAUUAAUAGAGCGUUACUGUACCGAGGGAAGCCCCGGACCAAAGAUCUCCGGCUAGGUUUGAGGGACCCGAUGCUUCAGGGCCUGGAUGUGGCAGCUGGUGUCCCCCCCCCCCCCCCACAAACAUUUAUUUUUGUUUUUGCAUCGAGUUCGUAAACACGCAAACAAAUAAAAUCUACGAACUUAGCUAUCAGUGUGAGUUUUCAGAAUAGGAUAUGUAGGCAUCUCAAGAGCGUUUAUCUCGUCGCUGUUUCUAAUCUCCGAGGGUUCCUCCCGGGGAUUCUGGCCGUACGAAAGUCUCAAAGUUUAAUUAAUGUAAUUAAAGACAACAGCAAGCAGCAGCCUGUGAAUAUUCUGCCCAUCUUUUUUAUGCCUUUUGACAUUGAAUGACCUAUUACUGUACGUGUGUCGUUUGGACUAAAAGACGCCCCGGUAAUGCAUAGCCACGUCCGCAGUGAAGAUGUGUUGAAAAAGUGGGGCGGAUAAGCAGGCGGAUAACCCCAUUGUUCAUUUUCUGAAUUACGGUCAUAGCGUGUCGGACCCUGCCAAAAAAAAAAACGCUUGCGAUAUGUAUUUAUUGUACAUUUUUCAAGCGCGCUGUCAUGACGCCGAUCGCGGAUGAUGUUAGCGCGAGUGGAAACUCGGUGGGGGUGGAAGGAGGGAGCAGCUGAGGAAAAAGGCUCGAACGAUCUAGUCACUUUCGAUACGGUACUUCAGAUGCAAAAUGGAUAUUCGAGUGGAAACCUGACAAAGCGCGCUCGCUUUGACGGGAACCCGUAUAGACAAUGACCAGUGGCUGGGUCAGUGGGAUGUCUCCGUGCAAGCGGGGCGGCUUAUCAAAUGACACUAAAAAUAAGUUCAACAACCAUCAAGUUUGAGGGGAAUGGGCGAAUGUCUCGCAUUUGGGCACGGAAGUGUGAGGGAUGGGUAGAGCGAUGCGAGGCAUUCCUGCUCUAAUUAUUCCUUUGUGCUCUUCGCUGAGGUUCUGAGGGACGUACGUAAUUCUCUCGCCCGACGACCAAAUUCACGGCCUGCCCGGAAUCGCAUGUUUGCUUUUUCCUUUUUUUUUCAAGUGUUCCGCCGCUUUGCGUGAUCAUUAGCGUAACGCUCGUUUUGUCGAUUGUAAUGCUGUUUGUGUUUGUUUGUUUGUUUGAAGUAUUAUAUAGAUUUAUUCAGGUUUCUAUUGUCUGAAGGAGGAUUGUUAUUGCACGUAACACUGAUGGUGUAUGUAUGUACCGGUCACAGCACAGCACUCUGUGCCGAUAACACGCCAGAACCAGGCUACUGAGCCCCAGUCGACUGGCCGAUAAAUCACAAAUUUCUCAGAUAAAAAAUAUGUCCAGCCCUUUGUUAGAUCUGUGAUAUUUCAGAUGGAAUAUUUUAUCACUCUGUUUAGGGCCAGUCUGUAUGGUGCUCAGUUAGUUGCUGUAGUGAUUGAGAUGCCCAGUAUUUUUUGCACAGUCUGCAACCAAGUUGGAAUGUUUCUAUACGCAUGUGUUUUAUGCCUUGUACAUUUUUAAUGUUCGUUUUUUUUGGAUGAAAAAUUAUUUUAUUUUUUUAAUUAAAUUUAAAUUCCAUGUUUAGUUUCACUGUUAGAGGUUUCACUGCUUUGCUUUGCUUUUUUUUGUGAAAAAUUUAUGACAAAUUCUUAGCACAUAAGAGAAGCAUGUGUUACUUUAUGGUUAUAUCUAGGUUAUACCAUAAUGUAUUAUAUUUUUGUAACAAUUAAUGUUUAUAUAUACAAUAAUACCAAAAUGCUUUUUCAAGGAUAAAUUAAAUUGCUGAAAAUAAGAAACUUGUUUGACUUUUUUAUUAUUCACAACAGGUUUAAAAAAAUAAUAAUAUUCUGCUACAUGUAAAUCUUGAAUGAGAUUUUGCCAGAAUGGUUUGUCUUUACUGUAAGUUUGCUUACUGCCUUUUCUUUCAUUGUUAAAAUUGUAAUAUACUGUAAGUGAUGAAGCACCUUGUCUUAAUGUAUGUCAUUGGUCAAGCCAGUAGGAAUUGCACUGUGUGCAUUUUAGAAUUAAGGUAUUGUAGUAUGUUGGUAUGUUGUACAGGUAAUGUAGUCAUAUGUUGGCCAGGGCACAUCUGCAAAUUAUAUCAAAUCGUUAGUUUCCUUUAAUACAUCAUUCACUUAAUCUAAAUGGGUGUGAUACAGUCCUAAAAAGCAUUCAUUUUCAAAUACAGUAUGUGAUUUUUUUGCAGUGUUGGCAUCGGUGUUAAAUCUGCCUGUCCAAAACGGACAGGCCCAUUACUGUGGCUGCCCCUCGAUAAGAAAAGACAAAAAAAAAAGCUAAGGGCAAUAAUUAAUUGGGCCCAAAAAGAUGUAUAAGGCCAGACAGGGGAUGUAAUUAUAUUGUGAAAACAGGAGAGAGAUGAGUAGACAGUGUGUCCCAGCCCUCUCCGUAAUGCUGCCACCAGAGGCUCCCCCCCCACCACCCCCUAAACCCUCCGAGGUCUGGGGCACCCACCAAUGAGGUCCCCUGUUAUUAAAAACACGCGUUUGCACACCUACUGUUUUCUCAUCAUCCGCAUGCUGUGACAGGACACCCCCAGUGCCGUCAGCACACGUUUAACCCAGGAAACAUUAACCCUUCCCUCCCUCCCUCCUCUCCUCUCUGGAAAGGACAGGAUAAAACAGAUGUCCCUCCACAGGAGUACGGCUCCCGGGAGGAGAGGAGAGAGAUGGGAGGAUGAGGGAGAGAGAGAUAAGGGGAUGAGGAAAGAGGGAGGUUGUCUCUAUGCAGACGCUGCUGAGUGUGAUUUUUCAGUGCUCUCGCAGUCCCAGCCGGCCUCUUGCUGUUUUCAUGUACAGGACCUCACAUGGAAAAGAAAGUGUCACUUUACAGUUAGCGGGUGAUAUCCGCACUUAACCUUACUACAAUCUUUAUUUUUGUGUCUGCGUGAUGAUAUGCCGUUCUGAUGCUUUUUUUAAAAUGUGCUUUUAUAUUAUCAUUGUUUGUUUUGUACUAUUGAAUAAAGAUAUCUUUAUAGAAA